AUGCCUACCAUCUACAUCAGAAGCUCCGGCACCAGCUUGACUUCAUUAUACUGUGGCUCGACCUGCAUAUCAGACUGCGACGCCAAGGCAAUGUGUGGCAUCGACUCGGCGGAUGGCAAGACGCCAUGCGGCCUGAAGCUCUGCUGCUCCUUUUACGGCUGGUGUGGCACUGAGUCGGUCCACUGUCUUGAUCCUGAGCCGCAGUUUGGUUGGUCGUUCAACAAUCCCGGGACUACCGAGACCGCCUUUAGCGACAUGGUAUCUACUGCAGCUAAACGGGCUACUUUUAUCAAGUCGUUGCUGGAUUUCAUGGACAAGUUUGGUUUCCAGGGGGCCGACAUCGACUGGGAAUACCCAUCCGAGCCCAAGCGCGGCGGCCGGGCGGAUGACGCCGAGAGUUUGAUGUCUCUGAUGAAGGAAAUGAGAGCCGCCUUCACGCCUAGAGGCUACGGAAGCAGUCUUGCUCUAGCUCCCGAUUACUGGUACCUUCGAGGGUUCCAACCAGCUGACAUGCAACAAUAUGUUGACUUUAUGGGCUUCAUGUCGUACGAUCUCCAUGGAUCUUGGGACACAGACGUCAAGACACUCGGGUUCAUUGUGCGGCCGCAGACGGACAUCACGGAGAUCAGCAAGGGCCUGAUGACGCUGUGGUAUGAAGGUGUCGAGCCGUCUAAAAUCAAUUUGGGCCUUGCCUACUACGGCCGCACAUACACCCUGCCUGAUCCCGGUUGCGGCAUGAUGGGCUGCAGCUUCGUACCAGAUGAAGGAGGUGCCCCAGGUGAAUUCACCGCAUUCUCGGGCAUCUUGUCUAACAAGGAGAUUCAGCGCAUCAUCAAGGACCAAGGCAUUACACCGUACUUCAAUGAAACUGCCAUGGUGAAGUAUUUCACCUACAGCGGCAACAGCUGGGUGGGCUACGAUGACGACGAAACCUUUGCGAUGAAGCGAGCCUUUGCGGACGAACACUGCUUGGGGGGUACCAUGAUUUGGUCUAUCGACUUUGACGCUAGGACGGGAGGCGGCGGAGAGGCGAAUGAGUACCAAUCCCCAGAGUCGGCUAGCAUCAUUCCCAUGGCACAUACGACCGUUGAGCCGGGUGCGACCUUCACCCUUGGUGACAUUGUCGGUCUGCCGCUCGACGGCAGCCAGAAUAGUCCCCUGGGUCCCGAAAAGACGUCUACAUGCUGCGGCACCGAGGGGUCGGUCGGGAACCCAAUCGAGAUAGCAGCCGGCUUCGCGAUUUCGUCCAUGAUCUGGGACCAGGAGAAUCCGAAGCUGAACUGCUUCCCACCUUGCACCAUUGUCCUUCCGCCGUGGCCCAAGAUCAAGGUGAUCAUCGACUAUCCUCGCGUCACAUCGACAAACACAGAGAAGAGCCGAACGACUACCAUUACAUUCCCUCCCCCUACAGAGCCUCGGACGACCACGACAUGGCCUGUCGUGGAAUGGUGGGACGAGGAUGGCUACCAUCACUUAACCUGCCCUCCGCCGUCGCCUUCUCCUCCGCCUCCUCCGCCGAUAAUUACCUUUCCUAAACUUACGGUUGAGACUGGGCCCCCUUUUUCCACGGUGACGGCGUGCGUAUUUCCUGGCCCUGGCUGUACUGGUUCUGAUCCCGGUCCCGGUCCCAACCUGGAUGACCCCGAGGACCCCGAAGAUAAACCCUGUUCUGACCCGGAGCCUACAUUAAAGUCUACACCGGCAUCGACAUCGACAUCGACACCCACGCCGACCCAGACACCAGAGCCCCCAAAACUUAACAGUCCCGACACGUCCCAAGACAAAGUCAACUGCUACGACAGCGGGCAGUGGCCGUAUUGUUGGCGGACCAUACAAGCAAUCGACCGCCUCUGCGCAGGCCUCAAAGGCUAG